AUGCCUUCCUUGUGCACUCGAAUUUUAGUUUGCACUUUGGGACUUGCAUCCUUGGGGCUUUCCGCUGCCGUGGAAAAUGUGAGCCCUGGUGUCGCGGGUGAGACACCUUAUUGCAAUAUGCAUUAUACUGUCCAAAGUGGCGAUACCUGCUGGGAUGUUAUCUUACAGUAUGGCUCCUUUACGAUUAAUCAAUUCCUCUGCUGGAAUCCGGAUAUCAAUGCCAGCUGCACGAACCUCAUUCCCGGACGUCCUGUCUGUGUCGGCGUGAGAUGGCCUGGCCCACGAUGCUAUGACUAA